AUGGAGCUGAAGAAUGUCGACAGGGAUAUUGCCUUUGACCUUGUGAAGAGAUGGGUAUCCGACACGCUGCACCGAGAUGUGCAGGACAGCAUUCCUGAAGGAUGCCCAUGGCAGUCGCUUGCCACAGCCCUUCGUACUACGCUGCCCAGCCUGCUGAACCAUUCGCCGGCUCAGAUUGAGGAGGACAUGCGCAGAACCCUGGUCAUGCAGUAUUGGAGGAUGCAGGCAAACCCCGAUCAAGAGCAGAUGAACGCGCUGAUGGCAGCGAAGCUGGCAGACGAAAGCUCCAUCUUCCGGAUGGGCUACUAUCCGGACACCGACGCCAUCAAGCGGCACUGGAAAUGGUACCUCUACUGCCUGUCGCAUCACAGCAGCCACUUUACCAUCGGGCAAGAAUACCGGAAUCUGGAAGACCACCGCGUCGUUCGGAUGCCGAUGGACUUGGUGGACCUGCAUUUCCUUGCGCUCAGGUAUAAGGUCCGAAUCACGAUCCUGAAGCAUUCGGAAGCCAUAUGGAUUCCUGGCAUGCAGGUUGCUGAGAACUGGCCCCGGGUUCACCUGGUUUGCCACCAGGGCCUGUGGGCGGCCGUACAAGGCCCGCGCGAAGUUCACGGUCGCCUUUUGGAGACCAGUCUUGUGGAGCUAGGCCAGCAGUGGCAUCUCCCGGACGCCUUUCAGCACUACGCGCGCCAACCCGUUUGCCUUGCGGGCUACAACCAGGAAGAGAGAUGUUUCAACGCAGUUGUGGGUGAGCAGAUCAUUCCGAUCGACCGCCUGAGUAUAUGCCGGGUGAUCCAAUCGAAUGACGACAUGGCUCCGCCACAGAGUGUGCCAAGCCGGUUCCACGGAGGCGCUAUCCCCGCGCCUCCGAUCGCUGGGAUUCCCGACGGAGCUUUUGAGUUCCAGCUGCUUCUGGAGUUCGUGUGCAAAGAGGUGAGCGACAGACUGAACACAAUGCGCCUGCAGAAGCAGGGGCACGCAUUCACAGGAAUCGACAGGUUCGAAACGUACCAGAACGCUCUCUCCGAGUACAGGGAGCUGACCCCAGCAGCCAUCUCGCGCGGCAAGCAAGCUGCAGCAUCCAGUGCUCCUCAGCCACCACCCGCACUGCCGGGGCGAUGGCCAGCCUCCUUGGUGGAACCUACGAGGACGGGGACCCGCGAGCACCUUGGCAACGUGGUCCACUUCCUGCAGAGAAUGCCGCGCAAUGGGUUUAUCUUUGUCAGGUGCCCCGACAGCAAUGACGGAGAUGGCCCUGCCCCGUUCAAAAUGCAGAGAGGUCACUGGAUCGCGCUCGCCAGACACGUGGAGUCUGUGAAUCUGGGGCCACCAACUUCGCUGCUUUGUGGGCAGAGGCUCGCGGAUCCACUGGCUUACCCUCAGCCGGGCGUCUUGCAGGCGGCGAAAGGUGUCGGUUUGCAGUGGGUGCACAGCGACGUCUUGUGCGUCUGGGAGAACCACAGCGCCACCAGCAUCACGGUGCAAGAAAGCCAGCAUGUGAUCGAUGUGCCCAGCAAGUCAAGGUCGAUGUUCUUGACUUUCUCGCAGAAGCGGUCGACUGAUGGCAGCAUGAUCAACGGCAAGCUUCACUUUUCAAUGGCCUCACCCAACGAGAAAGCCCACAGGAAAGUGAUGUUCCCUUCCAACAUCCAAGGCUUGGAGCCGUUCUUGAUGCUCAGUCAUCCCCUGCCGACCUAG